GCACUGUUCGCUAUAUGACCUGAUGACUGCCUUUUCAUUAUCAUGAGUUAAUGCCCGGUAACCUACCAUCGCUACACCAUGUCUAUUGUGAACCGAGGGUCGGAAUCAGUCUAUGAUUCCGGACCUCAGCUUCUCAGGGAUGUUUGGGCUCUUACGGCUGUUGCCAUAUUAGUCGUCAUCUUGCGAUUCAUUGCGAAAUGGAAAGUGCACAAAUUAGGGCUGGAUGAUAUACUCAUGGGAUUUGCACUGUGCUUAUCCACGGUCGGAUCUGUUAUGAUUACCCUUGGCAUCCAGCAUGGGUUCGGUCAAAAGGUUGGAGACAUUGAUGCCGAUGACGUUUCCAAAGUCAUCAUGUUCGAUUACCUCACACAGACAUUUGCGCUGGCAGGUGGGGCGUUAGGGCGGAUUUCGUUCAUUGUUUUUGUCACCGGACUACUUGUCUCCAAGCAAUGGCAUCGCGCCGUCUUUUGGGGACUGGUAGCGAUGCAGGUCCUCGUCAACUCGAUGUUUAUUAUCAUCUUAUUUGUCCAAUGCCCGGGGCACGCUUCAGCUAUCUGGGAGCAUUCCGACAAAUCGAAAUGUUGGAAUACCAAAGUGCAAGCGUACUAUGGAUAUUUCCAAGGAGCCUUCAAUUCAGCAACUGACUUGUACCUUGCUGUCUUCUCAACCUGCAUAUUCUGGACAUUGAACUUGAAGUUAAGGGUGAAGCUGGGAUUGGUUACUUUGCUUGGACUAGGAAUUUUUGCAAUGGUCGCCGCUAUCAUACGAACCGUCCAGACACGCGUGCUCGCAUCCUACGAUAUGGAUCCGACGAUUGCGACAGUAGACUACGAUCGAUGGCUGUACAUUGAGACGUAUUUGGUGAUCAUCACGGCCUCCGUACCGUUCCUCCGAUCCCUAGUACGCUCAAUAAAGAGCCAAUCAACAAGCCGGAAUACACACGAGCUAAGCUCUCCUUAUGUAGCUAGCUCCAGUACACACACGGCCCGGACUAGAAAGCGUGACUCCUCGAUGGAUGGGAAACGGAUGAUUAAUGUCUCUGAAGGCAAUGCAAGCAAUGAUGCUUUUCACAGCGAUGGACACGAUGAUAUACACGACUCACGGUAUUCAAGGGAAUCUGUUAUAAUUUGUGUUUAA